CGCAACAACACAACUACUACUACUACUCAAGUUUUGUCUAUGUGUGUGUAAAAUUGUGAAAGUUCAUAAGAUCGGCAAUUAAAUUAAAAGCAGCAACAAAACCACCAGCAUUUCGGAAUAUCAUAAUAAAACAACAACAGCAACUGCAAUUAUUGCAUUUUGGAUUAACACAGCACUUAUAUGUGUGGAUUAUGCCCUAAAAAGCUAUUGUAUUGGAUUAAAGCCGAACCCAACGAAAUGUCGCAUAGCACUUCGGAUUAGCAGCUUCAUUUAUUUACAGAAAAUCAAUUUAGCACGAGUAUAAUGAUGACGCCAGAGUCGAAAGCAAAAGUAACAACACCUACUGCAAUAACGGUAGGCGCACCAGCAGCAGCAACAACAACAACGACAACGACAAUAAUGGCGAACACACAACAAAAGCCGGCAGCACAAUUGUCAACAUUGGCAACAAAUGGGCCUGCAAUGCAAAUCGCAAAUACGAAUGCAAAGCCAGCAACGCCGGCAGCGACAAACAGCGUUGUCAGCAGCAAUGCAAAUACCCACAGUAGCAACAAGAACAAUAAUAAUAAUAAUAGCAACAACAACAACAACAAUAAAAAUAGCAACAACAACAACAAUAAUAACAUUCACGGCUCCGGGAAUGCUAAAAAGCUCGCGGUGCCUCAAAAAGCAGCGCCAGCAACAACAAUGGGAGCAGAAAAAGCAACAAAACUGUCGGCGUUGCCAGCGACAAGUGUUGAUAAAGUGCAAAUAAAAGCGACGCAAUAUCAAGACUCACACCAACAGCAACAGCAGCAGCAGCAACAACAACAACAACAAUUUGCCGUGCACAGCAUUCAAGUGAAAAGCAAAAAUGCAGCAACAACAAUAGAAACACCAUUAGCCAACAAUUUGAACAGCAACAGCAGCAGCAGCAGCUGCAAUAGCAACAACAGCAGCAGCAGCAGCAGCAGCAACAACAACAUCAUGAAAGGGGAGCCAGAUGUAACUGUUAACGAGACGGCAAUCGAAGCUCAGACUUCUUCACAAUUGUCAGAAGCUUCAACGUCAUCCGGCUGGUCAACAACAACGUCAUCAUCAGUGUCGUCAGCGCAAUCGGAAGAUGCCGGUAGCAGUGCCGCGGAUGAUGAGGAACUGAACGAUGCAGACAAUAAGACUAUGGCGGAGACUAACCAGAUAGCAACAACAACAACAUCAAUGAAAACGCCACGCCCCGUUCUGUUGACUGCCGUCAAUCCGCACAUAAUCUGCCACUUGUGUAAGGGUUAUCUGAUCAAUGCAACAACCAUAGUCGAAUGUUUGCACUCAUUCUGCCACAGUUGCCUCAUUAAUCAUUUGCGUCAGGAGCGUUACUGUCCUCGCUGCGAGAUGGUCAUCAACAAUGCCAAGCCGAACAUCAAAUCGGAUACCACGCUACAAGCCAUUGUCUACAAGCUCGUGCCGGGUCUCUAUGAGCGCGAGCUGAUGCGCAAACGCGCGUUCUACAAGGAUCGCCCUGAGGAUGCGGCAUUGGCCACUCCUGAGCAGAGAGGCGAUGAUACAGAGCAUUUAAUAUUCGGUCCAUCGGAUGAUAUGUCGCUCUCGCUGGAAUACGCAGAAUUAGACGAGCUAAAUGGAGAUUCCGAGAUCGAAUUUGGAGAUCAAUUGCGUCCGCGCUAUCUUCAAUGCCCCGCCAUGUGUCGCGUCAAUCAUCUCAAGAAGUUCGUGUACGACAAGUUUGAAAUCGAUCCGCAGCGCUUCAGCAUCGACAUCAUGUACAAGGUGAAGACGAUCGUACUGCUCGAUUACUACACGCUCAUGGACAUUGCCUACAUCUACACAUGGAAACGUGAUGCGCCCAUGCGUUUCUACUUUCGUGUCUAUGAGUCGCCCAAGGCGCUGGUAUCGAUGUCGAAGCCAGCACCACCGACUCGUCGCGCUGUAGCGAUUCCCGCAAUCGCUUCUGCCCCCGAAUCUGUCGCUGCAGAGCUAUGUGCGACACCAUCCUCACCCAAUACAAUGCCAACACAAAUGAGUCCCAAGCCGAAAAAUCUGGAGGAGAACGCAACUGUGCCCAAGCAACCUGCUCCAGUCGCGAAUGCCACUAGUCCCAGUGUCAUCUCGCCCACAGAGCCGCUCAAGUUGGUUAUCAAUAUGAAUCUUUUGGAAAAACAUGAGCGCAGCUCAGAGUCUAAAAAUCAAUCACCACAGUCCUCAAAACCCGCAAAGAAAUCCGCUGCCGACAAUACAAGCGCCAGCUCGCCAAGCCCCUCGCACAAAGAUGAGCCCAACAUUAAGCUGAAAAUCGAUUUGUCCAAGCAGAAUAGCGUGACAAUCAUCAAUAUGUCAGAUCCUGACCGCAAGGAAAUUGUAAAGCCAUUAAAGCCAGAGAAAGAGAGUCGCUCCAAGAGCAAGAGGGACAAAGACGGGAGCCCGAAAUCUUCGCCCAGCUCACAUUCUGAACGCAAGCGCAAGAGCCCCAGCCCACAUUCUGAACGCAAGCGCAAGAGCCCCAGCCCAAGCCCCAAAUCUUCGCCCAGCUCGCAUUCUGAACGCAAGCGCAAGAGUCCCAGCCCAAGUCCCAAAUCUUCGCCGAGUUCACAUUCUGAACGCAAGCGCAAGAGUCCCAGCCCCAGUCCAUUGACCGUUCCACCGUUGACUAUACGCACAGAGCGUAUUACUAGUCCCAAUGGUGUAAGCACACUGAGUCCACGCGUAACUGGCGGCAUCAGCGAAGAGGACUCGAAGUCGGAAUUCCUGAAAUCGUUUGCAUUGACACCCAUCAAAUUCAAGGUAGAAGUGCCGGAUAAGUCUCCGAAACCAAUAACUAGCUAUCCCACUCAUAAAACGAAGAGUCCCAGUGCAGUUGAGGACAGGAUGUUGAUGAAACCACCGACUGCUAUGCCACCCAAGUCCAUAGCCUCGUCAAAGCGUAAGAGCAAAGACCCUGUGAAGGCAAUAUCUAAAAAACCAAAACUUUCGCCACCGCUGCCGCGAGAGGACUUCAAGAUUCGUUUACCCACGCCGGCCAGUAGCAAAAAUACUAAUGGCACCCCUACGCCUGGGUCCUCUGUCUCCUCCUCAUCAGCCAGCACGUCUACAACAACGAUCUCUACGGCAGGCAGGAGCAGCGAUAAGCCACUCAUGCCACCGCCUUCUCGCGUACCCGUGCCCCCGUCUCGCAAGCAACCUGCAAUGCAAUUCCCCCCUCCACCGCCACUUCAUCAGGGCGUACAAUUGGCUGCUCCUGGCAAUCGUACUCCUAUUGCCAAGCGCUAUCAGCCAAUACUGCCUAAGGCGGCACGUCCGAACCCAUUCGCCAACAUACCCGACGAUGUAAAUAAGCUACUGAAUAAUGCCGGCACCGAGAUCAAAUCCAUUGCCGGUGGGGCCCACAAGCAGCAUGUUUAUGGACCCAAAGUGGAUGCCAACAAAAUGGGUCCACCGCCACCUCCACUGACGGCUACCGGCGCCGCUGGCGGGCAAAAGAACUCUCCCGGACGUGGGGUGAACCUCUAUGCCGGUGGAAAGUCGCCGCAUACCAAUAACAAUAAUAACAGUAACAGCAAUAAUAAUAAUAAUAAUAACAGCAACAAAUCGAAUAAAUCAAACAAUUCCAACAACUACUUGAGCCUGGCGCUCUUUAAUUCCGGCAAAUCGAAGGGUAAGGAGGCGCCACCUGGCUGCCGCACACCGAUGUACACACCCAACUCGCCCAUCUAUUCGCCCAGCUCGCCGCAGUACGUUCCCAACUACAACAUACCCACCAUGCCUACCUAUAAGUACACGCCGAAGCCGGCCAACACGACCAACUAUCUGCAAAAUAUACUCAGUGGUAAUAACAGUGCGCUCUCCGGUCUUUUCCCCUCACCACCCACGAAGACGGAUCAAAACACGAAUCCCACACCAAAGGAGAAGCAACCAACAAAUGAGGCUGCUUCCAGCAAUGCAGGCAAGCGUGUAUAUCCCUUUGAACGGAGUCCCAGCCCCUGCGAGGAUGCGCCCGAGAAGCAACAGGUUAAGGUUAAAUCACUGCUCAACUCUUGCAACAUCAACAUACCCUCCUCACUGUCCAUCACUAUUUCGCGAGAUAAUGGCGAUGCCUGCAACACCAACAAUGGCUCGCAUCCGAAACACAAGAGCCCCGUGAACAAUUACAUCGAAAUUGUGAAGCUCCCGGAUCAACCCGCUGACAAAUCAGCAGCUUUGGAGGCACAAAAACGUCUCUCACCGCCCGCGCCCGUAAAGCAGCCACACAGUUCGAGCACCAUGCCUCCACUGUCGCACUCGGUGCCUACCUCCAGCGCACAGUCUCUCAUGCAGCAUCAUAGCAGCGUGAAGACCAUUCCAUCCCCUCAACAUCUGAUGGCUCGGAUGGCGGCACCUCAGACGCCAGUACCUCCUCUCAAUGGUCUCAAGACAACAUCUUCGGCUGAGUCCAAGUCAACAGCUCCACCCAAGACAUCACCUACGACACCACUGACAGGCAGUGCCUCGAAGGCCAUGCCACCUAAACAGGUGUUGACACCCACGCAGAUGGACAAGAAAACGCCCAGUCCGGAGAAACGCAACGCCACACAAAUGGGCAGCAUUUCUCCCACGGCCAGUGAGAAUAAGUCACCGAAAUCUGCCAACUCCUCAACUACCACCGCUUCGUCCGACCCAGCGACCAAAAAGUUCCGUCCCAUACUGCCGCGCCAGAAUUCCCAGACUGCUGAACAGGCCCACAAAGUGCCGCAACUUGCCGGCAUGAACAAUGGCGUGACCAUUGGCACCUACUCCGGUCCCAGUGGCGUGCCGGUUAAGGUGCAUGCCAGUGCCAAGAAGGUUCCACCCACUAAAAAGUCGCCAAAUCAAAAUCCAAAACUGGCCAAUGGCACAAAUGUGCCUUCAAUGGGCAAGACAACAACGCCACCGAAAUCAUCGCCCACCGCCAAGAACAGCAAGACACCCAAAAACUGUGCGACACCGGCAUCCUCGACAGCGCCUUCAUCCUCAGCUUUGGCUGCGAAGCCAACGAACAAACUGUUGCCGCAUUCCACACUCGCCACCCUGCCACAUGUGCCCCAUGGCAUUGCAAAUCGGGGUGGUCUGCCUCCAGUUAAUGCACCGCUGAGCAUUGCUUCGAACGCCGCUGUGGCCGCCGCAGCCGCCUCCGCCGCUGCUUCCGCCUCUGCCUCGCAAUUCGACUUGAAUCAGUUCAUCACGGAGAACCUAAUGCGCGCCCAGGUGGCCCAGGCUCAUGCUAAGGCCGUACAAGCAGCAGCGGCCGCCAACCAAAACGAUCUGUUCUUCAACUUUGCCCAAAUGGGCAACAUGCUAACCAACUAUCAGCAUCAGGCCUACUUCAUUGAGCAACUGUCUCGCAUGCAACGCGCCGGCAACGAAGUCUUUAACAAGUACCUGCAAGAGCUAAAGAGCGCAACAAAUGGCAGCAACAUGGGCGGCGGCGGUGGCAGUGGCAGUGGCGGCAUCAAGCCCAUUAUGCCCAUGCUACCUACGGUGACGCUGCCCAGCCCCGUGACGGCGGCCAGCAGUCCCAAGACCUCGCCACUGCCAACGGGCAACCUGACGGCAGCCGCAACUCCGGGGACGCUGGCCAAGGGUAAUGCCAGCCCCCUGCCACAAUCGGCGGCCACCCCACAGUCGACGAAGAGUAAGUGA